AUUACGUCCUUUCCUCUUCUUCUUAUUAGUAUUAUUCAAAAAAUAGAAAAACAAAAAAAAAAGAAGAAAUCGAUAGUCUCUGCCUUUCCCUCUCUCGAUCUUUCCGUUCGCCCUAGGACCAGCCUCCGCCGUCUCCCUCCCUCGACGUCAUCUCUCCUUACCUCUCCAUCGCUCUCCUCCGCUCACCAUCUCCCUCUUCUGACGACCAGCAACCCACCGGUUCUCCCUCGCGCUCACCGUCUCCCUAUCUCCUCCAGCCGACGCCAUCACCUGGCGACCGCCAUUGGCCGCUCGACUCAUCGGAGAGAGCCAUCUCGUCGCGCUGCGCCACCAUCUGCCACCGCUAGCCUCGCCAAAUCUGGAAGUUGAGGUUAGUUUUGGGCUGUCCGAUUGAAGAGUAGCGGUGCCGUUUAAUUGCUGUCCAGCGGGUUUUCUUUAAAAUUUUGGUACUUAGUAAAGGUAGUAUCUGCUUCUAUUAGUAUCUGCUUCUAGUUGUAUCUGCUUCGUAUCUUUAAAGAUGCUUCCUCUUUCCCUCCUUAAGACUGCUCAAGGACACCCCAUGUUGGUGGAAUUAAAAAAUGGUGAGACUUACAACGGCCAUUUGGUUAAUUGUGACACAUGGAUGAACAUCCAUCUUCGGGAAGUCAUCUGCACUUCUAAAGACGGUGAUCGGUUUUGGCGAAUGCCCGAAUGUUAUAUUCGUGGUAAUACAAUCAAGUAUUUGCGAGUUCCAGAUGAGGUUAUUGACAAAGUUCAGGAAGAAACCAAAAGCCGUGCAGAUAGAAAACCUCUGGGUGUAGGGCGUGGAAGAGGAAGAGGGCGUGAGGAUGGUCCUGGUGGCAGACCAGCUAAAGGAAUGGGGAGAGGCUUUGAUGAUGGUGCGAAAGCUGCUUCUGGCGGCCGUGGAAAGGGUGGCCCUGGUGGGAAACCCGGUGCGAACAGAGUUGGAGGCAGGGGACGAGGUUGAUCAGAUUGAUAUCGGUAACAGAUGAAAUGGACUAACUACAUAUGCAAGCUCUGCCCAGUUUUCACGUCGGCAGCCGUGUGAUUUCUGUUUUAUGCAUUUUCUUUUGGUCUGGAUUCUUGAGUGAAUAUUUAUGCUGAUUGUAGUGCCAGACCUCUGCGAAAGUUGUAAACUAGACAAACGGUUCAUUUUAAUUAAUGGUGUAAUUGAUUGCAAAUUUGGUUUA